GCCCCCAGGCUCGCCUUCCCUUCCCUCCAGAGCCGGUGACGCCGCCGCGGCCCCGGCAACCGGCGCUCGCACACACUCCCGCGCGCUCCGCUCCUCCACCUCUCCUCCCGCGCCCGGGUCCGAAGAUGGCGGCUCUCAAACUCCUGUCCUCCGGCCUCCGGCUCUGCACCUCCGGCCGCAGCUCGCGGGGCGCCUGGCACAAGGGGUGUGUCCGCUACUUUUCUGUCAGUACCCGUCGCCACACCAAAUUUUACACAGAUCCGGUGGAAGCUGUCAAAGAUAUUCCUAAUGGUGCAACCUUGCUGGUUGGCGGUUUUGGGCUGUGUGGAAUUCCAGAAAAUCUUAUAAGCGCUUUAUUGAAGACGGGAGUGAAGGAUCUAACUGCAGUCAGCAACAAUGCGGGGGUCGACAACUUUGGCCUGGGCCUUUUACUUCGAUCCAAGCAGAUAAAACGCAUGAUCUCGUCGUACGUGGGAGAAAAUGCAGAAUUCGAGCGACAGUACUUAUCGGGCGAAUUAGAAGUGGAGCUGACCCCUCAGGGCACACUUGCAGAGAGGAUCCGUGCAGGCGGAGCUGGAGUCCCUGCCUUCUACACCAGCACAGGAUAUGGGACACUGGUACAAGAAGGAGGAUCACCCAUAAAAUACAACAAAGAUGGCAGUGUUGCCAUUGCCAGCAAGCCACGAGAGGUGAGGGAGUUUAAUGGGCAGCACUUCAUUCUGGAGGAAGCAAUCACAGGAGAUUUUGCUUUGGUGAAGGCCUGGAAAGCAGACCGGGCAGGAAACGUGAUUUUCAGGAAGAGCGCAAGAAACUUCAAUUUGCCCAUGUGCAAAGCUGCCGGAACCACGGUGGUGGAGGUUGAAGAGAUUGUAGACAUUGGAUCAUUCGCCCCAGAGGAUAUCCACAUUCCGAAGAUUUACGUACACCGCCUGAUAAAGGGAGAAAAAUAUGAGAAAAGAAUUGAGCGCUUAUCACUCCGAAAGGAAGGCGAUGGAAAAGGCAAAUCUGGCAAACCUGGAGAAGAUGUCAGGGAGCGGAUCAUCAAGAGAGCGGCUCUUGAGUUUGAGGACGGCAUGUAUGCUAAUUUGGGUAUAGGGAUACCUCUUCUGGCCAGCAACUUCAUCAGUCCAAAUAUGACUGUUCACCUUCAAAGUGAAAAUGGAGUCUUGGGUUUGGGUCCGUACCCACUACAGCAUGAAGCCGAUGCUGACCUCAUCAAUGCAGGAAAGGAAACGGUUACUGUUCUCCCAGGAGCCUCUUUCUUCUCCAGCGAUGAGUCAUUCGCCAUGAUUAGAGGGGGACAUGUCAAUCUCACAAUGUUGGGAGCAAUGCAGGUUUCUAAAUAUGGUGACCUGGCCAACUGGAUGAUACCUGGGAAAAUGGUGAAAGGAAUGGGAGGAGCCAUGGAUUUAGUGUCCAGUUCCAAAACCAAGGUGGUGGUCACCAUGGAGCAUUCUGCAAAGGGAAAUGCACAUAAGAUCAUGGAGAAGUGUACGUUACCGCUGACGGGAAAGCAAUGUGUCAACCGCAUUAUCACAGAAAAGGCUGUGUUUGACGUGGACAAGAAGAACGGGCUGACACUGAUUGAGCUCUGGGAAGGCCUGACUGUCGACGACAUAAAGAAGAGCACCGGCUGUGACUUCGCGGUUUCACCAAAACUCAUGCCAAUGCAGCAGAUCUCAACUUGAAACAUGUGGAGAGGAUGUUUGUCCCAGGAUGCUAAGAUUUCCUUUUGAACACAUAGGAUUUAAUUAAAAGGAUGUCAGUAAUCAAAAUUAUAUAUUUAACAAGAAGUUUUGACUAGUUUUCUUCUAGUAUUUCUGGGUGUGUGCAGCUGUAGACUGUUCCCUUGAGUGUGUUUUAAUGUUUCCCCCCAAAACAAUAGGGAAACAUAUUUCACUGUGGUCUUCUUUCAUAGUACUAAGAAGGUUGUCUUUGCCAGUGGUGCUCACAUUGAAUGGAUGUUCAUCUUUUAUGCUGUAUAUACUAAACCGUGAUGUAGCAGUACUGAGAGAAAGUUUUCAUGUGAAUUUGUGGCUUAGGCAGAAUACUUUUUGGGUGACUAUAUAUCUUUUGCUUUCCUCUUGUUUUGAGAGAAAGCUCUGAUUUGGUGAUUUUGCUUGGCUCUUUAAAAUAUCCUCCUUCCCUCCACACUUCCUAUAGCCAGAUAGAUACCCAAGAAGGCAAACAGGAAUGUCUCUGGGAAAAGUAAGCAGAGGAAAGAACAAGGCAUAGAUCUGCUAGGGCUGGCAUCCCACCAGAUGUUGCCUUUAAACAACCAACCAUCUACAUGUGUGCACUAACAUCUGAGGCCAACUACAGGAAGAGGACUAGAAACCUCCUGACAUACUUGCCUAGUUCUCCUAUUUUCAGAUACUGUGCGAUAUUUGUAUUCAGAAGACUAUUUCUGUUAUUGAGACUCAGUGUUUACUUAUACAACAUCUCCUAAGCCAAAAAGAAUGGUAGGCAAUUUAUCAUGAGUCCUAAAUCACAAUAGCAGCAGUGUUUACAAAAACGAUCUUCCAAGAUAUUUCCCCAUUACGCUCUCCAUUCUGUUUAGCAAAGAUCAUAAACAGUGAAUGCCUUUUUUUUUCUACAGGAAAACAAUGAUAUUUCAUCUGCUUAAGCGAGUUCACUUAGCAGAGUACUAUUACUUUAGCCUUAUCUGUGUAGGGGAAAAGAUGGGAGAGUCUCAGAUCUGAGUUGUUAGCAAAUCUUUGUGUUGGGGAAUGAACAGAGUGGCUUGGGAUUAUAAGGGAUGUUCCUUCCGAAGUAGCCUCAGUCCCAGACAGUUACCAGGAAGCGUCAACUCAGAAGCUCCCUCAGGAUCAGAUGGGGGAAAGCCUAGGCACCCUGAAGCCAGGCUGGACAGAUGGUGUCUGCACAUUGGAAUAUACCGUUCUUCUGCUACUAAUGAUAGGAAUGUAUGCAUCUUUAGGUGAUGGGUAUCAUUGAAUCUCCCUUCUCAAGUAUAGCCACAGCUAACCUGUACAGUAUGUGAAAGAGAAGACAGGCUUCCCCCCAUAGUACUCUCUGUGCAGUACUGCCUUUCUGACUGGCUCCAUGGUUGAAGGCAUCCGCUGCCAGCACUGAUAAGAAGAGCCUGUCUUAGAAGGCACAAGGUCCAUGAGAGUAAAUAUGUCUAUGUUAGAGGAAACGUUUGAAAAUGUUAUUGUUGAUAUGGAUAUGUCUUCAGAUGCACUUGCUUAUCAUUCCAGUCUGUUACUUUAAGACAAGGGGCUUCUAAGAAUGUUUCCAGCAUUGUCUACACCUGAAUAGAUAACUCAAGAGUAUUGUUCAAAGAGUGCCAUAUUUUUAAAAACCUGUUGAGCAUUACAAUAAAAAUUACAG